GUGGCUUGCCACGAAUCGCUAACGAAUCGGAAUUUAGCUGUGAGGUGCGUUAAUAAAGAUUCAGAGAAAUCGAUGACAAUUUUAACCAAAUUAGAUGGUCAGCAUUCACUUAAUUUCCUGGACGCUAAUCUUUAACGAGAAGCAGAACUAUCAUUUUAUUUAAGUUAAUUUGCAAUGGUAAGACAACGAGUUGAUUGGUUCAGCAGAUAAGAUGUUCUCAGCACUGAAGAAGAUCAUUACCAAUGAGCCCACAGAUGGGAAGGGGAAGCCCCCAUCUGGCGGCUUUCAAGCUAUGGGGCAGAAUCUACAGCGGCGCUUUGCCAAGGGUGUGCAAUACAAUAUGAAAAUAAUAAUUAAAGGUGAUAGGAAUGUUGGAAAGACAACGCUAUUCCAUCGUCUUCAAGGUCACAAGUUCAAAGAAGAGUACAUUCCUACACAAGAAAUUCAAGUCUGUAGCAUUCAAUGGAAUUAUAAAGCUUGUGGUAGUCAACGUGAAUUCAAAGCCACGGAUGAUGUCGUGAAGGUGGAGGUGUGGGAUGUUGUCGACAAGGGACGAAGCAAGAAAACUAACGAUGCGCUAAAGAUAUCGAACGAGGAGGUAGAAGAACCAGUUGAUGAGCCUUGCCUGGACGCGGAGUUUCUUGAUGUCUACAAAGGAACGAAUGGAGUGGUGAUGCUCAUGGACAUCACAAAGCAUUGGACUUUCAAUUACAUUGAACGUGAGCUUCCCAAAAUUCCAAAUCAUAUCCCAGUGGUUGUCCUGGCCAACUUCCGAGACAUGGCAGAGCACCGAACAGUCCUAGAAGAGCACAUAAGCACCUUUGUAGAGGAAUUUGAAAGGCCUCCUGGAUCAGCACAUGUACGUUAUGCAGAGUCUUCCAUGAAGAACGGGUUCGGUCUUAAAUACCUUCACACAUUUUUCAACGUUCCCUUCUUACAGCUGCAGCGUGAAACAUUACUACGGCAACUGCAAACCAACCAAUUAGAAGCAGAUGCGACCUUAGAAGAAUUAAAUAUGCGAUUGGAAUCUGAGGACCAAAAUUAUAAUUUAUAUUUAGAAACAUUAGAGAUGAGAAGAAAGCAGCGGCAAAAUAGAAGAACUCCUGAAAAACUAACAAAUGGAACACCCCAGAUUACUGUAGAUCAUUGUACUACAAGUUCCCAAAGCACAACUCCUAUCAGUACUCCAAAUCAAUCUUCCCCUGCCAGCACUCCUCAAAGAACUACCCCCUCAACGUCACCUAGUAGCCAGCGAAGGAAUUCACAGAGGAAUGAAUCACCCCUUCCGGAAUUAUCAACCCCAUCACCACCCCCUGCUGCAGUUGCUCAAGCUUCUAUAACUUCUCGUUUUGGGAAAUUCUUCAGUAGUAAGAAGUCUUCAAAAGAAUCAAUAGAGGUAUCAGCUACAGACAACUCUCCACUAGAUGUACCCACACCUACAAAAGACACAGUCCAUGAUGUGGAUGACUUCAUUCCAGAUGGUGGUGCUCAUAAUGACUUCUGGAAGGAUGUGGAGAAGACAUCAAAGAAAGUGAAGAAAACUACAAUAAAACAAGAAAUGUACAACAGCUUCCAAGAGGAUCUGGACUCAGAUGAUGAAGCAAACUUUCCCUCAGCAUCAAAUGCCAUCACCCAGUCUUCACCCACCGGCUUGGCUACUAAUGACAGUGCAUCAGACACAGAAACACCUCCGAAAACCACCUUCACCAGUAAAGACAUCGAUCUGUCAAGCUCAGAGGAUGAGCAACCUGUAAUUUCUGAAGAUGUUGAUAUUGACAUCAGUGACUUCAAAACAGAGGUAAAGAAAUUUUCUUCUACUAAACCAGCGGCGGACAUUGGCAGCAAGAAGCCAAGAAUGCCAAAGCAGGAGAGCCUGCCUCCACCUGUGGAGAGUAGCGAUGAUGAGGAUGACAGUGAUGUAGAACAGGCUGCUCAGAAGAGUCGAACAUCCAGCACUGAUCAAGAACCAAUGCAGUCACCACCUCCAGUCAUAAACCUCGAUCUGGAUGAUCUUGACUUCCUAGAAAGUGUUGGCUCAAAGAAUAAUAAAACUAAAAAACUACACAGAAGAGUAAGUGAUGAAUUUGACAUUUUAGUCAGCGUGAAAGAAUCCAAGCUGGAAUUGGAGAAUGAUGUUAUUGACAGUAGCCAUAGCGACGCAGAUACCACCAGCACUAACUCAUCAACAAAGAAGAAAAAGCACAAAAGCAAAGAUCGAGAUAGAAGGAAAGAGAAAUCAUCUGAAGAGAAUGAUGGUAAAACUAAAAAGCACAAACACAAGAAAAGCAAAGAUAGAGACAGAGAAAGCAAGAAAGACACUGAUCCAGAGAGAAGAAAAAGCAAAGAUAAAUCAGAAAAUGCUAAUACUGGUGAGAAGAAAAAGAAAAAGAAAUCUAAAAAGGUUGAAGUUACAGAAGACCCUGAUAUGGAUGCUUUUGAGGCAUUCCUGGAGGGGACAGGAGACGGCAACUAUGAAGCAUUUUAAAUACAUCCAUCUAAAAUCAUAGUAUAUAUUUAAUUUAUAUGUUUGUGAUGUUAUUGAUAUACUGAGGUGUAUAUGAAUGAUAAGGAGGCAUUGGAAAAACUCCAAUUUGGAAACUAAGAUUGUCCAAAAUUUGAUAUAAAUUUAUUGAAUGUCGCAAUCAACAAGAUCUUUCAGGUACACAGAUCUUUUAAAUGAAUUUAUGGAAAUUUCAGAUGCAGUCAGUCUGUCGCACAAAUGCAAAACAGUUGAACUGCACUUUACGUAAUUCCACUUUAAACAUGAUAAUUUAUUAUAUUGUAAUUCUUUUAGCCGAUAUUGAACAAUAUACACUUAAAAAUGUUUCUAGACCUAAAUCGCGAUGAAACAUACCAACCUUGCUGUAUACCAUGGUAUAUAUUUUGUAAACCCUCCUGUAAGUGGCGAACUUUGUGUUUGCUGUUGGUUGGGGAAAGAAAUAAAGAAAAUAAAAUUUUAAAAAAUAAAUACAGUAAAACAAACAGUUGAAAGGAGAAAAAACUUUUAACAUACAAUUGAACUUCAAUCAUUGAUUUAUUUAAUCCUUUAUUUUAAACCUUAAAUGCUGAUAUUAAGCUUAAAUAAACAUUGAUAAUUUUCAGCCUAAAUGCAAUUACUCCUCAAAUCUCUCUUCUCAGUGCUAUUCAUCUCAAUUGCCAUAAAUACGCUUCGCAAAAAAUUGUCAGAAUUAAUUUUUUUCUAUUGGGAGAAUGCUAUUUAUAUUUAUAUAUUUAUUCAUUUUAUUGACACCUGUGUUGUAUGCAUUUCCAUAUGAAAUUAUAUAUUUAACUUUUUAUUUCAAUAAUAUUAACUUAUAUUGUUACAUUAAAUAAUGUAAUAUUUGUUGGGGAUAGGAUAUCAUUAAAUGCCUAAUUAUAAAUGUGUAUAUGUUCAUAUAUACAUAAUUAUAUUCCUUUGAUUGUUUAAAACUCAAUAAGAUUGUUGCAAUGAAAAUGAUGCAAUAAUUGAAUUUUGAAAGCUCCUUUCCUUUGUCGUUUUUUACAGGAAAUAUUAUAUUUUAUGCAUUUUCCAGCUACCAUAUACUAAAUAAAUGUUAGUAAUAAUAAGCUGUGAUAGAUUAUUAUUACUAUCAUAUAAUAGGUCCCGGGUUGUUACCAUAGUUGGCCAUCAAUUAGGGGGAGGGGUUGGCUUAUACACCAGGACACCUUUGCACAAAUUUGGAGUAUCCUCUUCUAAAUAAGUCUCAAAUAUGGUUAAUACUAACUGAAAAUAAUGAAAAAAAAAAAAAAACUAGGGGGAAAAUGUGUGCUAUGCAGUAUGACAAACUGGCUUUGGGCUAUUGUGUGCAGAGACUGAUUGUUCAUGCUCCCCAUACAGGGAAUUUAUUCAUCAAACUCCAGGCCUCCGGCCCCUUGUAAAAUAAAAUUAUUACAAAUUAAAUAAGCGUGCUGUGACAAUACCGUACUUUAAAUACAUUUCAUUAAUACACCAGAGACUGAUUGAAUGUGAUGGAGGGCCCUAGCUGGCCGGUACAAAAAUAGGAAAUCACAUUCAAAUUCAUUUAUGGCUAUCUACAGGGAGAUUAUAUUACGUACCUCAGCCCCAAACAUGGUAGGGCUAUGAUGUAGUCUGGACCCUCUAAAUGACAAAAUUCCCUGCUCAGGCCCCCUCUUUUUCAUAUUCCUGGAUCCAUCACUGCUGUGUAUACAGUACUUCAUGUCCAUUUCAGUGGCGUAUUAAUCAUGUAAUUGUGUAGGACUUAAGCUGUUAAAUACUCAAUAUCAGCCUAAGCAGUAACUGAGCUGGAUGUCCUUGGCAUUCCUCUUAUUCAACUUUUAUCCUAGUGCUUUUGGUCUGGGAAAGGCUUGUACUGCAUAGGGUGGGCCUAUACCUGGGGUGUACUACAGUAUUAUUAAUUAUAUUUAUUUAUUUGUGUAAUUUUGUUCACUCAGUCACUUUGGUACUUCUAAAAAGCUCAAAGUCUCAGUGUUUAUCAAAAUAAGUGUAACUGAACAUAUAUUUUAUUUAUUCAUAAUCAAAUAUUAUCUUUCUUCCCACCUAAUAACUAUGGAAUUAUUUCAGUGAUGAUGAGGUAAGCUGGUCAUUGUGCCUGUGUUUUGUCUCCAUUUUGUGACAUAGUUGUACUUGUAAAGUAGCUGAGUGCGAUGGUGCCACACCAUAGGAGGUUUCCUAGGAUAGAGUUAAAAUAUACAGUACACAAACUUGUAUCAUUGUAGCGCUAGAUUAAUGCCCUGUAUGUUGAACUACAGUAUUAAGUUUGUUGCUAUCUAGCUGUUGAACUUUAGGUUAAUCUAUGACAUAAAUUCAUGGAGGAUGGAGGGUUUUAACAGAGGAGAUCUGAUCUCAUCAGGAGGAGGCCAGCAAUGUCUGAGGCAACAGAAACAUUAAUGGGGUGCACACCUAGUGUUUGGCCAAUGUAAACUCUUCUGAGAUUUACAAUUUGGAACAUGUUAUGCCCAAAGAAUUGAUAAGAGAAAUAUUUUUGCUUUGUCGGUCAAGGGUACCUGGCCGUUGGGUCCAGUGGUGGCCCAGAAUUUUUGCCGACGGGUCUGACAAGUUACAAGGUAUCUAGAGAGAGAGGUCCCAGACCAAGGGGCUGACUAGAGCCUCGGUCAGGGUCCUGGACUAAAAAUCUCUGGUAGGGUUCAUAAGGAGAGUUUUGGCUAAUAGUAUCGCCUAAAAUUUUGCUCUUAGACCACAAUAUUAGGUAUUCGCAAUUGAAAGAUUGUUACUUGGAUAUGUAAAUUAAUAUUUUUGGUCGUACAACUGAACUGAACAACAAAGGUUGCAGGCCUGUCACACUGGGAAAUUUCCCCUCCGACCCUCCGCUGGCGCCACCACUGACUUUAAAGUAUGGACCAAAAUUAUAAAAGCUGUUAUUUACAUUGAUAAUAGUACAGUAUAUACUGUAAUUCAUAUUUUGCGAGUUUGCUUGAUUAAUGGCAAUCUGUAAGUAGUUUUCAUUGCCAUGCUUUAAUAACAGGGUUACGUUUACAAGUAAACCAACAUAACUACAUUGUUCAGCUAAUAAAACUUUUUUAAAACAGUUUAUAAUCUCUAAAAAUGAUUAUUCACUAUUUGCUUAUUCCUAGCUCUUGUGCAUAAUAUAUCAAUUCAAUGACCUGUUUACUAGAAGCAUCUGUCUCAUGUUGUAGUAAGCAUUUAAUUACUGUACCCCUAAUUGUAAACCAAUGAUACCACUAACCUCUAGCCCCUGUCUGCGAACAGGGUUAUCACUAACCCUUCCCUUCUUACACAGCAUUUUAGUCUUAUUUUCUAGCGUAUUAUUAUUAUUAUUUAUAUUUUUUUUUUUUUAAAGAAAUAUACUAAUGUUUUAAUCAAAUUAAAUUUGUGUGUGGUAAAUUAGGUUAUGGUAACAAUACUACUGUUCAAAACAUAUUGAUUUUUUGUUAGCUUUAAUAUAGGAAAUGCUCUCAUUAUACAUGGCACAUACAGCAUCAAUCUAGUGUCAGUACUAAGUGAGCACUUGCCCGAUGCCAGUCCAAGUAGGUUAUCAUUGCGUCCAGUGGCGGAUUGAAGAAGCCCCCUCUAUUUUGAAUUCCUGGAUCUGCCACUGGUGUCGUGCAGCUAUCUCAUCAAAUCAUGCCGCUGAUGUAGUCUGCACCAAGCCUUAGUUGCUAACAGUAUCUUGGUUAAUUUUUUUAGCUUAAAUAUAUAUGUGUUCAACUAAUAAAACUUUUUAAAAAAUUAAAUAUUUAAAUUGCUUAAGAAAAUAAUGUGGUUAUUUAGAUUAAGUAUGUAAUCCGUUAAUAAUCUGUCCAGAUUAACCUGGUUAUCCAGUUCAAUUCAUACAUGAAUGUACAAAAUACAGUAUUAGAUAAUCCGCAAGUUGAAUGGUAAUCCAAACAGAUUAAUUUAGGGUUAAUGUGAUGACUUGGGGAUUUAUGUGAUUACUUGGGAUUAAGUAUGUAGUCAAUUAUUGAUAAUGUCUACUACUAAUCCAAUUGAGGUGAUUGAUUGCUUGUGUAAAGUAUAUAUUCAAUUGCUAAUCUGUCUGUAAUUCCUGAGAAUCUCUUUAUUUUUGUGGAUUAAAUUGUUGCAGUUUGUGAGAGUUCCACAAGUUUUGAAAACUGAGAGAGGAAUGGGACCAGGGGCGUAUUUAGGGGGUGAGGAGGAUGUGCACGCUUCUCCAAAAAACACUCGUCCCCCUCCUCCCAUUUGCUUCCCCAAAAUUACUCAAGUUGUUAAAAAUCACCUAAAAUUACCUUAAUUUUCGAGCUAGUGUCCCUCCCCCCCCCUCAAUACCAAUUUGAAGACUCCUAGAUAUGCCACUAGAUGGGGUACAUUCCACUUGCCAUUUGGAUCCACCACUUAAUUUACACUUUCCUCACUUUUCUACCUGUCUGUCCAUCCUUCCUACCUUUUUGCAUAUCUACCCACCUUUUGUCCACAGAGACAAUUUGUUUUGAAGACCAUGCUGCAUUCAAGAUUAUCAUAAUUUUGUUCAUCCUUCAUUACCCAACAAUCCUUUUCUUUAUCCCAUACCAGUCUGUUGCCAGUAGCCAACCAGUAAAUGGCAUCAUUGGUGGUUGUGUGUAAUAAACUGUUAAUGAUUGGCAGUGAUUUUUAACGGCGUAUAUCUACUUAUUUUAUUCAAAGAGCAGGAACGUGUUUUAGGUCAUGCAAAGCCGGUAGUUAAAAUAUGUAAAUAAUGUGUAUAAGAUAAUGUAUAGUUAUAAUUGUCAAAAGGUUAAGAGGAUACAAUAAUAUUCAUGAAAAUGUCAUGUAUUAAAUAAAUGGAAAAAAAACAGAUAUUGAAGCCUCUUGUCAACAUAUUAAUAUAAUUUUUGUGUCUGAUGUUUAUAAUUCCUUAUUUCGUAUCUGGUAUAUAAAUGAAAUAAAUUAAACAUAACAUGUU